ACACCGAAAAAUACGGUAGGUUGUUAUAUGACCUGUGCUUUGAGUUAGAAGUUGGAGUGAGUUUGACAGAACGAUGUUCGUAAGUCUGUCUGUAUAUAAAGUAUAUUUUGUACUUGUAAGUUACAAGUUCAUGACUACCAGUUUAAACUUCUCUGUAAAAUAAUAAACAAAUUUCAAAAUGAAAAAGGAUUCAUAUGAUUUAUUUUUUAUAAAAAACUCUCAUUAGACUUUAGUUAAAGAGAAAAACAAAGAUGUCGACCCAAGAGCAUGAUAAACAAAUACUAGAUCUAACUUCACCAGAAUUUGAUGCUCUGACAGCAUUACAAAAUCCAGGUAAUGUUAUACUACCUUGCCCAAAUGCUAGAACGUUUAAUAACAUUGCUGAAUAUACCACAUUUGCAUUUGGACGAAAAGAACGAGAAACUGAAAAGAAUACAGAUAAAACAGGCUCCAAGUCAAAACUGAAGAAAGAAAUUAGGCCUACUGACGUUAGUAAUAAUACUAAUACAACUAAGGCUCGCACCGCUAGUACUGUAACCGUUACGACACCUGGAAGUUCCAAGCCAUGCACCAGUACUAUUAUUUCUGAUCCUGUUUCUGAAAGUGGAGACACUACGUUUACACUUUUAAGAACACCUAUUUUGGAACAGCAUUCUAAGAUUCAGCAGGAUGGUCGUGUGCUUCCCACUACAGACUUCCCUUUCUUUAGACCUCAAAAUAGAAAAGUUCUACCUGACGUUCUCAAAAAAAUGAAAACAGGGUAUAAUAAUGGACCAUUAGGAAUGUUAAACAAAUGUGUUCAGAACCAAACACGAGUCAAAGUAUGGACAAGGAAUUUUAAUGAGUUAAGGGGCAUUUGCACAGGUUUUAUUGUUGCUUUUGACAAACAUUGGAACCUUGCCAUGGUGGAUGUAGAUGAGGUGUAUUUAAAACAUGCUAAAAGAAAGACUCCAUUUAUAUCAGAAGUAGCAUCACCUGAUUUUGAAGAGCAUGGUAUUGGAGUUAAUCUUUUGUGUGAUUUUGAUUAUUAUACAGAUUCAGAAUCUACACAAACAUUACAAUAUGAUGAUUCUAUUUCAAGACAAGAAACUUGUGAAGAGCUCUUUAAAGUUAGGGAAGAAAAAAGUUUUAUUGGUGACAGUAGCUUUUCUGAGUUUCAAGUCUCGCAAAGUAAAACACAAACUGAGAAUAGAGAAAAAAAUUUGAACAUUCAGUUUCUUUCAGAAAAGCUAGCCGCAUUGACUCAGAAGGACAAACAAAACACUGAAGAGUUAUCAGUAAAGCAACAUUCAAGUACUUCUCAAGCACCGUCCACAUCAGAAACUCGUAUAGCUGAAAAUAUACAUCAUAAAACUAAAAACACAACACAUAAACCUCAAAUAUUGGAUAAAUCUAACAGACCUUGUGCUGGACCAACAUGUACUAGACAGAGCUUAAUGGCCCAAAUGUUAUCUAGUGUUUCAACAGUUCAUCCAUUACAAGAUGCAAGAAGAAACAAGAAGCGUAACCUACCACAGCUAAUGAGAAGACAUGUCAAUCAGCUAUUUGUACGGGGAGAUAAUGUUGUUGUGGUUUCUAUAAUAAAAGUUUGAUAUUCAUUCUUUACA